AUGGCCCGCCCAACCCUCAAAACGCCACUAUGUGAGCUCCUCGGAAUCGAAUAUCCCAUCAUCCUCGCAGGAAUGGCCCGCACAUCCUCCGGUCCCCUGGCAGCAGCCGUCUCCAACGCAGGAGGAAUGGGCGUCAUCGGCGGACUAGGCUACACACCAACCCAAAUGCGAUCCAUCAUCCACGAAAUCAAAGCCAACCUCUCCGCUCCAGACCUUCCCUUUGGCGUAGAUCUCGCCCUCCCUCAAGUCGGUGGUUCGGCGCGAAAGACCAACCACGACUACACCCAUGGCCAACUCGACGAGCUGAUUGAUGUGGUGAUUGAGGAAAAGGCAAAGCUGUUUGUUAGUGCUGUUGGGGUUCCUCCGGAUCAUGUUAUUAAGAGAUUGCAUGAUGCUGGGAUUUUGGUUAUGAAUAUGGUGGGACACCCGAAGCAUGCUAAGAAGGCGCUGGAUAAGGGUGUGGAUAUUGUUUGUGCGCAGGGUGGAGAGGGUGGUGGACAUACGGGAGAUAUUGCUACGAGCAUUCUCAUCCCGAGUGUUGUGGAGGUUGCGAGGCAGUACACGUCUCCAUUGACUGGUAAGCCGGCGAUGGUUGUUGCUGCUGGAGGAAUCUACAAUGGAAAGAGUUUGGCGGCGAGUUUGAGCUAUGGAGCUGUCGGUGCUUGGGUCGGAACGAGGUUCGUGGCUAGUGAGGAGGCCGGGUGUAGUCAGAUGCACAAGGAGGCAGUUGUUUCCGCUCAAUUUGAGGAUACCGGCAGGACCCUGGUCGUUAGCGGAAGGCCGCUGAGAGUAAGAAUCAAUGAUUACAUCAAGAGUUGGGAGGUGGAUCGACCAGAGGAGGUCAAGAAGCUCUGUGAUCAAGGUGUGGUGCCGUUGCAGCAUGACAUGGACAAUGAUGUGGAUGUUGAUAUUCCUUUCUUGAUGGGACAGGUCGCUGGUGCGAUCAAGUCGAUUCAGCCCGCAAAGGUCAUCUUGGAGGAAAUGGUCACCGAGUGUGUGGACAUUCUGAAGACACAGCAGAGUUAUCUAGGGGAGAGCAGGAGCAAGCUUUGA